AUGGAAGCUCAACAAAUUAAUUAUGAUAUCAAAAGACUUUAUAAUACUACAAUUCAAUAUUCACAUCCUAUGCUUAUUCCAACAAGUUUACCUGGAAGUAAUAGAGAGUCAUUUUAUAUAGAAUCACCACCAAUUAUAUUUAAUAAAGAAAUUAAUAUUAUUCCACCUAAAAAACCAAUUCUUUUAUGUUUAGAAGAAACAAAUAAUAAAAAAAAUACUAUUCCUUUAACAGCUGUUCAUCUUAGAUGUUCAAGUAUUUCAUUCUUUACAACAGAUUCAAAAAAUAAAAGAAUAGAAUCAUGGAUAUCUUCAACAAAAACACCACUUCAAUAUCCAUAUCCCUAUCCUGGAUUUAAUUAA